AUGAAGCCAUACCUUUCUGUAGAAAAAGGAGAGAAAGGUCAAACUAUCGGGCCCACUAUCUUCAGUACUUGGGCCAGUGAAACUACGUUGGUCAAUAGCUUAGCUACCCAGCAGGGUUAUCGCUCCUUGCUCUCUGCUCUGAACCGUCGCGGCGGAUCUCCAAGCGCGAAAAUGCCGUCCCACAAGACCUUCAUAAUCAAGAAGAAGCUAGCGAAGAAGAUGAGGCAGAACAGGCCCAUCCCUCACUGGAUCCGUUUGAGGACCGACAACACCAUCAGAUUAGAUGCUUACAAGUUAUCAAAUUUGUUCAUGUAUGUAUCAGGUACAACGCCAAGCGCAGGCACUGGCGCCGCACCAAGCUCGGUUUCUGAGGUGCUUUGCUCCAAUGUCAUUUGGCUUAUUUUGUAA